GGGGAGGGGAGUUGUAUGGAUCUGGGAGCGGAAGUGUUAAUCCAAACUUUAGCAGAAUUUUACGGGGUUGUCAAUCUGGGUGGUGCCGGACAACCAACCAAUAGACUCCUCGUAUGUAGUGCAGGAUAGGAAAGGAUAGCAUACGGACUCGAUUAGGAACCAAGAUAUUGCCCUAUAUCUUUUUGUAGCUUGGAAACGAACGCCUCCAUCUUCCAUAUAACCACCAGGUGAUCUCUCUCUUGUCUUGGUAAACCAGACGAUCGAUCGGGAAGAGUAAUAGUGGGAAAGAUGAGCCGUUUAGUAAGGAACGCAUAUAAGUCGGUGGCCUCCGGCUUGAAAUACCAUACAUUCAACCAGCGUCUCCUGAAGUCCGCAGACAAUUAUAAAUCCCGCUAUGGCGAAUUGUCCAAAGUCGCGGUUUACUUCCGGGAUUCAAGUUGUACAAAGACGGUAGAAGAGGCCCAGGAAGUCCUUCAAAUGGCAACACAGUUUCGAACAGCGGUUGAAAAAGUCUUUGAUGAUUAUAAACAUUUCAAGCUACAUGAAGAACCAAUUCUCAGCAGUAUGAUCAGAGGUUAUGUUUUACCAUCUGCAGCAGCCGCAACGCUCGGUGUCCUAGUUGCGGAGAUUGCAUAUAGGAAACAGUUGAAGGAGGAGUACCUAGCAAUUGAAAGGGAACUGUCAGCUGAAAGUGCCAACUAGCUUCAAGGUUAACUUCUGUAAGUUAAACAGAGCGGAUAAACCCCACUCGAGAGUACUUUUAUGAUCCUCUUAGAUAAAUUGCUUGUUUGUGUGGUUUAGGAUUAUAAACCUGUAGUUAUAUUUAUGAACAGCUAAUGUUGAGCUUCUCUACAGAGCUUAUAACUUUAUGUUUUCAAAUGGUUUAGAACUGUAUUUAUAUCUACUAAUUGCUAGUGUCUUUUGUUCCGGAAGAGAUUGAUUCAUGUCUGCUAAUUUGAACACAGUAAAUACAUACA